CGUGCGCACGUGUGUGUCGUCACUUCCGUAUCCUGCUCAGUCCGCGAAGAGCUCCGGCGGAUGGGGGAGGUCUGAUAGAGGCAGAGAACAGCAGCACAAAUAAACACAAACUACACUGAUUUCCUCUUACUGAAGGGAAAAUAUUUUUUGAGCCAAGAUGUCGUACAUGCUUCCACAUCUCCACAACGGCUGGCAAGUGGACCAGGCCAUUCUGUCCGAGGAGGACCGUGUGCUCGUCAUCCGAUUUGGUCACGAUUGGGACCCCACGUGCAUGAAAAUGGACGAGGUUUUGUACAGUAUUGCUGAAAAGGUCAAAAAUUUUGCCGUCAUUUACCUGGUGGAUAUCACUGAAGUGCCAGACUUUAACAAGAUGUACGAGUUGUAUGACCCUUGUACGGUCAUGUUCUUUUUCAGGAACAAACACAUCAUGAUUGAUCUUGGGACUGGUAACAACAACAAGAUCAACUGGACCAUGGAGGACAAACAGGAGAUGAUAGACAUUGUUGAGACUGUUUACAGGGGCGCAAGGAAAGGAAGAGGUCUUGUGGUGUCUCCCAAAGACUAUUCAACAAAAUACAGAUAUUAAUGUAUUUUGGUCACUUUGUCACUUCUCAAGUCUAUUCUGUGAUGUUUCCCUUUUUUGGAUACCUCUGUGGAUCAGUUUGUGGAUGUUUUUUUUUUUUUUUUGGCCAUGCGGAUAUUGACGUGGCCUUGUCCUUUAGUAUUGUUUGUUUUGUGUUCUUGAUGUUUGCCUACUUGUUGUGAAUAAAUAUUUGUAAGAAAAA